ACCGCGUCUCUUUCCGUUUUGAGCUUUGUUCUUUGUUCUUUUAUGUCGAAGGUUUCUAACUUUUUAUUUGGUUUUAAACUUGCACUUUGAUCACCGCGUGCCUAAGCGUCAUAAUACCAGUUAAUCGUUUUUCCUUUUGAAGUUUUCGCUUUUCUGGGUUUUGAACUUGGUCGUAGGAGUUGGGGGAUCUAGAUUUGAGUUGAGAGAAGGGGCUGUUUGAUGCACCUAUUGGCCUAAAUCAUUGACGGGUUUUAUGCCAAGUUGCCUAGAUGCUGCCUGAUCAAAGAAAAAAGUCAUCUGUGGAUGUGAACUUCUUCACAGAAUAUGGUGAAGGGAGCAGAUACAGAAUAGAAGAAGUAAUUGGUAAAGGAAGCUAUGGUGUAGUUUGCUCCGCGUCAGAUACACACACUGGAGAAAAGGUUGCAAUAAAGAAAAUUAAUGACAUAUUUGAACAUGUCUCUGAUGCUACUCGUAUUCUUCGUGAGAUUAAGCUUCUUAGACUCUUGCGUCACCCUGAUAUUGUGGAGAUCAAACAUAUCUUGUUACCACCUUCCAGGAGAGAAUUUAAAGAUAUAUAUGUCGUGUUUGAACUCAUGGAAUCCGAUUUACAUCAGGUCAUCAAAGCAAAUGAUGAUCUGACUCCAGAGCACUAUCAGUUCUUUCUUUAUCAGCUUCUUCGAGGCUUGAAGUACAUACACACAGCAAAUGUUUUUCACCGUGACCUAAAACCAAAAAACAUCUUAGCAAAUGCUGACUGCAAACUCAAGAUCUGUGACUUUGGUCUUGCCAGAGUAGCAUUUAAUGACACACCCACUGCCAUAUUCUGGACGGAUUAUGUUGCAACAAGGUGGUAUAGGGCUCCCGAGCUGUGUGGAUCCUUUUUCUCCAAGUACACACCAGCUAUAGAUAUAUGGAGCAUUGGCUGCAUUUUUGCAGAACUUUUAACUGGAAAACCUCUUUUCCCGGGGAAGAAUGUUGUCCAUCAGUUGGACCUCAUGACUGAACUUCUUGGAACGCCAUCUCCUGAUGCCAUUGCUAGGAUACGAAACGAGAAAGCUCGGAGAUAUUUGAGCAGCAUGCGAAAGAAGAAGCCAGUUCCUUUCUCCCAAAAGUUUCCUAAUGCAGAUCCGCUUGCUCUUCGUUUGUUGGAAAGAAUGCUGGCAUUUGACCCUAAGGACCGGCCUACUGCUGAAGAGGCUUUGGCAGAUCCAUAUUUUAAAGGUUUGGCCAAGGUUGAAAGAGAGCCUUCAGCACAGCCAGUUAGCAAGAUGGAAUUUGAAUUCGAGAGACGCAGGAUAACAAAGGAGGACAUACGAGAGCUCAUAUAUCGAGAAAUUCUGGAAUACCAUCCGAAGAUGUUGAAGGAGCACCUAGAGGGAGCAGAGCCAACCAGUUUUAUGUAUCCUAGUGCCGUCGACCACUUCAAGAAGCAAUUUGCUUAUCUAGAGGAGCAUUAUGGGAAGGGUGGAACUGUUAUUGCGCCUGAGAGGCAGCAUGCAUCAUUGCCCAGGCCAUGUGUAUUAUAUUCAGAUAACUCAGCACAAAGUCCAGCCGAGGUUGCAGAAGAUCUCUCUAAAUGUUGCAUCAAAGAAAUUGAGAAGCCACCCGUGGAGAGGACUGGUGGCAUCCCUUUGGCUCGGCUUCCUGCGCAGGUUCCACAAAAUAUGCAAGGUAUGACACCUUACUCGAUAGUUGGUUCAGUAUUGCGUUACAACUGUGGGGUAGCAGCAACAGCAGACGUUUUUGAACAGCGGCAGAUGGUUAGAAAUCCACCUGUUUCAGCCCAAUAUGCUGCUUCAAGCUGUUCAUAUCCCAGAAGAAACCCAGCCUGUAAAAAUGAGAGGACAGAAGAUGAUGGAAUAGAAGGUUCCAAUGGUUUGCAACCAAAGCCUCAAUAUAUGCCUAGAAAAGUUGCUGCCGCUCAAGGUGGAGCUUCAAGUCAUUGGUAUUGAACUAUUGUUUUACAUACCAAAACUUGGGUAACAUCUGCCACUGAGCCUUACAGAUCUUGCAUCUGGGUUUGUUUCCGCCUAACCUCAGGACGAUAAUCUGAAUCUUAACUGGUGGCAUAC